UACACUCUCAAUAGACAUCUAUUUAUAAAUACAAACUCAAAGAACAAAACAUUCCCGCCUCGUUUAAUUCGGUUUUCAAAAUCUUUUUAAGGGGACGGUCAAAAAUAAAUUGCUUAAUAUGCCGAAGUCGAGCAAAGGUCAACCGACCAGCUAUUUUAACGUAAAUGUAAGCUAUCUGAUAAGAAUUUGUACGUUCUUGCGGUAAAGUUACCCGAGAAAAAAAAUCAAAUUUACCUACUUUCACAUUUUCUGAAUUUAUUUCUUUCAUCAACGCAACAUGAUCGUUUUGGGUGUAGCAAAAUUAUUAAGGCCAUCAACAACUUUUACUGGGCAAAGAUGGAAGAGCACAUUAAAACGAAUUGAUAAAGUUCUGAUAGCGAAUAGAGGGGAAAUUGCUUGUCGUGUAAUGCGGACUGCCAAGCGUUUAGGCGUUAAAACUGUUGCCGUUUACAGUGAUGCAGACAAAAAUGCUUUACAUGUGGCUAUGGCUGAUGAAGCUUAUAAUAUUGGACCGCCUGCAGCUGCCAAAAGUUAUUUAUGUGGCGAUAAACUCUUAGAAAUCGCUAAAAGGACGCAUUCUCAAGCUGUUCAUCCAGGAUAUGGAUUCUUAUCAGAAAAUGUUGAAUUUGCUGAGAAUUGCCAAAAAGAAAAUGUUAUUUUUAUAGGUCCACCAGCUGCGGCAAUUAGAGAUAUGGGGAUUAAAAGUACUUCAAAACAUAUAAUGUCCAAAGCUGGAGUUCCAAUUAUUGAAGGUUAUCAUGGUGAAGAUCAAUCUGAUACAAAGUUAUUUGAAGAAGCAAAAAGAAUAGGUUUUCCAAUAAUGAUAAAAGCUGUACGUGGGGGAGGAGGAAAAGGAAUGAGAAUAGCUCAAACCGAAUCCGAAUUUGCGGAGGCUUUGGAAUCUGCAAGAAAUGAAUCGCAAAAAUCUUUCGCGGAUUCUGUUGUGUUACUCGAAAGGUUCGUUGGGGAACCAAGACACGUUGAAGUACAAGUUUUUGCAGACACCCACGGAAACGCUGUUUAUUUAUUCGAAAGAGAUUGUUCUGUUCAAAGAAGACAUCAAAAAAUUAUUGAGGAAGCUCCAGCGCCUGGUAUUUCAAGUGAUUUACGAAAAGAACUUGGAAUGGCUGCUGUAAGAGCUGCUCAAGCUGUUGGUUACGUCGGAGCUGGAACCGUCGAAUUUAUUUUAGAUAGACACACCCACAGUUUUCAUUUUAUGGAAAUGAAUACUAGGUUACAAGUUGAACAUCCAAUAACUGAAAUGAUUACAGGAACUGAUUUGGUCGAAUGGCAAAUUAAAAUAGCUUCAGGAGAAAAAUUACCACUUAAACAAGAAGAAAUAACACUUAACGGCCAUUCUUUUGAAGCUAGAAUUUACGCUGAAGAUCCAAGCGGUGGAUUUCUUCCCGGAGCUGGUCCUUUACUUUAUCUUUCAACUCCAAAACCGGCUGAAGAUGUUCGUGUUGAAACCGGUGUUAGACAAGGCGAUGAAGUUUCAGUACAUUAUGAUCCAAUGAUUGCUAAAUUAGUGGUUUGGGGCAAAGAUAGAAGUGAGGCUCUAACUAAAUUGCAAUCAAAAUUAAUUGAAUAUAACAUUGCUGGUUUAGAAACAAACGUCAAUUUCUUAUUAGAUCUUUCAAGACAUCCAGAAUUUAUGGCUGGAAAUGUUCACACUAAUUUUAUAAGGGACCAUAACGAUACUUUAUUCAAAAAAGAUAGAGAAAUUAAAGAAACGACCAUUUUUGGUGCAGCCUUAUCAAUUAUAUUAACCGAUGAAUUAAAACUUAAAGAAGAAGCUAACCAAAAAAACGAUAAUUUCAAUCCUUUUGUUGUUGAAUCCGGUUUCAGAGUUAAUCACGAUUUAUCCAAAACCAUCAAAUUAAAACAAAAAGAGAAAGAAAUUUUAGUACAAGUUAAAACUAAAGGGAAUUUUUGUUACGAUGUUUCAAUCGAUGGAGGAAAAACUUGGAAAUCAACCAAAAUCGAUCACGAAAAAGAAAAUAACAAAUUAAUGAUGAUUAUUGAUAUAAAUGGGGCUGUAUCAAAAGCUAACGUCUUCAGGAACGAAGAUGGUGUUGUUAUUUUCGAUCAAGAUGGAAAACAUCAAUUUGAAACGGAACAACCUAAAUUUCUUACCGAACAAGAUGAAGCAUCGGGUGGUUCAGCUUCAAAUCGAGCCGUUGCUCCAAUGCCUGGUGUUCUUGAAAAGAUUCUUGUUAAAGAAGGUGAUCGUGUCAACAAAGGUGACUCAUUAUUCGUUCUAAUCGCAAUGAAAAUGGAAUAUAUCGUGAAAGCAAGUCGUGAUGCGACUAUUGAAAGUAUUUCGUUUAAAAUUGGAGAUAAUGUACCUAAAGACACUACAAUCGUUAAAUUUGUUGAAGAAAAAUGAAUUAUUUUCAAAAAAUUGUUUUCUCAAGGAUUUUUAUAACCAAUAAAUAUUGAUUAA